UGACGACUUGUAACCGCAGGAGGAGGAGAAGCUGAGAACUUCCGCAGUCUCUGUUGGAUUUCUUGCUGUUGGUGUCUCAGUGUAGCGACGUCUCUCUCCCUCUCUCUCUCUCUCUCAGUCGGGUUUGGAUUCCAGCUCAUCAUGUCUCAGGCUGAUAAAAAUAAGGGGCAGUUUACCAACCCAGAGACUCCCGGCUACGUGGGAUUCGCCAACCUGCCCAAUCAGGUUCACCGUAAAUCAGUGAAGAAGGGCUUUGAGUUCACGCUCAUGGUAGUUGGUGAGUCUGGUUUGGGGAAGUCGACUCUGAUUAACAGUCUGUUCCUGACUGAUCUGUACCCAGAGCGCAUCAUCCCCGGGGCUGCAGAGAAGAUCGAGCGCACGGUGCAGAUUGAAGCCUCCACUGUAGAGAUCGAGGAGCGUGGAGUGAAGCUGCGUCUCACUGUAGUGGACACGCCUGGAUACGGAGACGCCAUCAACAGCCAAGACUGCUUCAACACCAUCAUCGCCUACAUCGACGAUCAGUUCGAACGUUACCUGCACGACGAGAGCGGCCUGAACCGCAGACACAUCGUGGAUAAUCGCGUCCACUGCUGCUUCUACUUCAUCUCUCCACUCGGACACGGCCUGAAGCCGCUGGACGUUCAGUUCAUGAAGGCCAUCCACAACAAAGUGAACGUCAUCCCCGUCAUCGCCAAAGCUGACACGCUCACUCUGAAGGAGAGGGAGAGGCUGAAGCGCAGGAUUUUAGACGAGAUCGACGAGCACGGCAUUAAGAUCUACCACCUGCCCGAUGCCGAGUCAGACGAGGACGAGGAGUUUAAGGAGCAGACGAGGAUUCUGAAGGCCAGCAUCCCGUUUGCAGUGGUGGGCUCUAACCAGCAGAUCGAGGCUAAAGGGAAGAAGGUGCGAGGACGUCUGUACCCAUGGGGCGUGGUGGAGGUGGAGAAUCCUGAACACAACGACUUCCUGAAACUGCGCACCAUGCUCAUAACCCACAUGCAGGACCUACAGGAAGUGACUCAGGACCUGCACUACGAGAACUUCCGCUCAGAGCGCCUGAAACGAGGCGGCAGGUUGUCCUCCCACGGUUACAUUCUGCCUCUGUCGCCUGCAAAUGUUCCGGAACCAGAGGAAAUGGACAAGGACAUAAUCCUUCAGGAGAAGGAGGCAGAGUUGAGGAGGAUGCAGGAGAUGAUUGCGAAGAUGCAGGCGCAGAUGCAGAAGCAGGGUGAUGAUGAACACGUGUAAACGACCCAAGGUGCAGAGUCGUGGAGCGAGAAGAUCUGAGACCGAGAGAGAGAGAGAAUGAAGUAAAAUUGGGAAAAGAGAGACGUGUCUGGUGUCUUGUCUCGUCGUAUUUUGCCACUUUCUUAGUUUCUUUUCUACUGUUCCUUGGGAUAUAAAUGUAGUUUAAUUCUUUUUUUGUAAGCAGUAUUAUUAUUAUUAUUAUUAUUAUUAUUAUUAUUAUUGUUGUUGUUUGUUCUGACUCACCACAGAGACAUGUGCCGAUACAAAGUUUCGUAGACUCUCAAUAAUAACCUAAACGUUUACAAAAUUAUGGCUAGGUUUUAAAUCAUUUGUAGUUCCCGAUCUAGGUUUCUGUGGGAUUUACUAAAAAUAAUUCCCGCAAUGCCUUUUUACACGUUUAAAGUUUCCACAGUAACAAUAUCGUGAUAAUUAUCGUUCAACCGAUUAUCGGCACAUGAUCAAGCAAACUGUUAUUGUUGCACCAGUAUACUGACGUGUUCAUUUCAUGCUCGGAUUUGUGUGGGAUUUAUGUGUAUUUGCUUAAAAAAAGAAAAAAGGUAUUGCUCACUGCUCUAGAGGAACGAUGUGCUUUCAGUGUGCAAGCAAAAGCAAAUUAGCGAACAAGUUAAACAAGCUAGUAAUGAAAUGAUUUGGAGAAACAUUCAUUCCGUUAUGAUGUUUGUUUUUAAUAUCGUCACGAUUGUGUGUUAAACAGAUUAAUCGACUAUUAGCACAUCAGUUUGCAAAUGUAGCAUUUUGGGACAAAUCAUUUCUUUAGAAAUGUCUUCAUGACCCGACGUGCCUCAGAACCUUGGAGAACCACAGUGGUGCACAAUAUUACAACAACCUUCAGAAUGUUCGGUGACUGAUAAGAGUUCUGUAUUUCUUCUGCUUUGACUUGAGUUUAAAAUUUAAUGAGUAAUUGUAGUUGUGUAUUUUUUUUCUUCAUUUAAUAGAAAAAAAAUCAGACUGAAAUGGUAGAGCUGUUUAACAUAGUUUAGCUAGUUACUUGUGCUAGCAUGCUAGCUCCUGAGUUUUAUAAGUGCUUUAUGGUCUAUUUUGUGAUAUAAAGACUGAAUAUCGGCACGUGCCUGGUGAUGUGAAGUUUUAAACCUGUUCACUUUGCUAAUGCAUGCUGAUUGUGUGUGUGUGUGUUGUGCCAUGUUUAAAUCAACUCGUCGUAUGACCUGUCUUAUGACCUGACGUAUGACUUGUAUGACUUCUUGUGUAACUUGCUCUGGUGCUCCAGUUCUCCCUUAAAAUGAUCAGCUGUUACUAUUUUAUAGUUUUAUUCCAAAAUUUUCUAAUAAACUUCUUCACCAUUA